CUUGCGCUUCCCGCUGCCCCGAGCGUUAUUGCCAUGUACCUGGCCGGCCACCACUCACGGCUAGACAAACAACCUCUCCUCCACAUCUGUGCCGUCAAGCUCCCGCGUUCUCCCCAAACCAUCAACAAACCUCACACCAUCCGCCGUCCUCAGCGGAGCGUGGAGCCCGCAAUCAGCAAUUCGCCAGCGUUGCGGCACGGCUCGAGCAGCGCCAUCCAGGUAGCUGCCAGUGGUUGGUCGACUUGCUCUUGUUAGCGCUUGCUGCUGCGUCUCGGCGCAUUGCUCCACCAUCUCGACCAAAUCACGGGCGGGAUCCCACUGAUCCCUCCCUCCGUCAGCUUUGCGCACCGACAGCGUGCAUUACGUUGCGGUGCGGUGCGGUGCGGUGCGGUGCUUUGCUCAAACAACGGCGCCCGACGAAUCACUCCUGCCGGUCCAUCUCAGGCCUCCGCAAUCGCCAUCGCUGGCGUCCCGACUCUCGCUUCAUCAACCUCUGGUCCGUCGAACGGCAGCUGUUGCCGUCUGCCGCUGACUGACUGCCUGACAGCCGCCAUUGUCCGUUCUCACAAUCCGUCGCUCUCCUGAGACAGCCUCCCGAGACAUCUUCUUUUCUUAGCACUCGGAGACGCCGGCCGUCCCGAUCCAUCCAUGUCUUUGCCGACCGGUGCUCUGCCAUCAAAUUAAUCAUCUCCGCCGUCCAAGACGCCCCCUAACAAACCUCUAUCGUCGCGACGUGAGAUACUGCCCGCCAAACGGGAUACGGACCACGCUUACGCCAUCCCUUCGCUCGACUCCGACACUGCCGUCCGCCGCCGUCGCGGUAGCGCAAGCCAUCAUCAUGGCCUUGCCAACGAGGCCUCUGGCCUCGACCCUCUUUGUGCUCUUGUCCUUGGGCUGCCUGCUACUGUCAACCGUCUUGGGCGCAGACACGGUCUACAUCAAGGGCUAUGGAAUCGAUGGCAAGGAGCGCGAGCUCGACGUCAAUCGAUACCCUGCGCUCUACACGCGCGACUUCGAUGAUUGCCUCGGCGGCGAGAGCUUGUUCAAUGUCACCAAAUUCGACGCGGCCUACUACGCCGACAAUCUCACUGUGCUUUUCCAUCUGGACGGCACCACAAACAUCCGAAAGGAGAGUCUCGUUCUGCACAUCGCGGUCGAGGCGUACGGCGAGAACCGAUUCAACUUGACGUACGACCCGUGCAAGGCCAACAUUGCGAGCUUGUGUCCACUAAACGCCACCGUGCCCGUCACCGCGUUCGCCGUCAUCCCCAUCUCUCCCAAUGAUGUUCGCGGCAUUCCCUCGAUCGCGCUCGGCAUCCCCGACCUCGAAGGCUUCGCACGCCUACGAAUCUUUGCCAAUUCGACACAGACCGAGAUUGGCUGUUUCCAAGCCGUCAUGACCAACGGCAACAGCUUUUCGCAGCCACAAUCUGUCGGUGUCGUCAUGGGCAUCCUGACCGUCUUUGCCGUGGUGGCUUCGUUCAUGACGGCCAUAUACGGUGUCAGCAUUGCGCAUAUGCGCAUGCACUAUGCGAACUCGUUCGCCGUGCUCGUCAUAUUCGAAACGUUCCAGUCCAUCUUCUUCUCGGGCACGCUGUCUGUUAAUUGGCCCAGUGUCCUCCCGGCAUGGUGGAGCAACUUUGCAUGGUCCGCCGGCAUGUUCGCCAACGACCAGCUCGUGCGAUCCAUCAGCUCCUUCACCGGAACCAACGCUGACAUUAGCCAAGUUGGCGGUGCGGGGUCUGUUCCCAUCAACAAUGGAGGCGGCCUGACACAGCAAAUCUACGGCAGGUCUCUGACUGAGCUGAUGACGAUUGACAGACACGACGCGCCUGCUCUUGCGCGCCGGGCGACGCAUAACGCCAGCGAUCCAUACGACUACACCUGGAAUGGCGGGCCUCGGAUCCCAGGCAUGCCUAUGCCGGGCACCUGGCCGGGUUUCGGCGGCACCCUGUCGGCUGUCAAUAUCCCCCCUGCCGAGGCCUUCCUCGUUGGCUUGAUCUGGUUCCUCGUCAUCUUCGGCGGCAUGGCAGUACUAAUCGUGCUAGCCAAGCUUACUCUGGAUCUGCUGGUCAAGCUCAAGGCCAUCAAGACGGACGGAUUUGACUAUUUUCGCUCUCACGUCGGUGGAUACCUCGUCUCGACCCUGCUCCGAACGCUCUUAAUCGGCUUCUUCGCCAUGAUGACCCUCGCCAUGUUCCAGUUCUCGGCGCGAGGCCCGGCAGGACCUACUGCCGUGGCAGCCAUCGUCUUCGUCAUCUUUCUGGCUGGCCUGGGCGGCAUCACCGCCUACGCCUGUUACUUUAGGCUCCGGGACGGCAAAUUCGAGGUCGGCCCCGACACGGUGCGGCUGGAACGCGGGACCAUCUUUAAGAAGGUGCCGUUCUUGGCUACAACCAGGGAGAGCCAGCUGGGCGAGCGGGAAACGGCGGACCGGCGAUACUUGGUCGGCACAAUCCCCUUCUUCCGCAUCAAGUUUACCGACCACGACCCAAACAGGACGCCUGUGCACCAGGAUGAGGCGUUUAUCAAGAGGUUCGGAUGGCUGGCCGCGCGAUACCGUCGCUCGAGGUGGUGGUUCUUUGCCGUGUACGUGGGCUACCUGUUCGUCAGGGCAUGCUUCGUCGGGGGCGCCGUGCGCAGCCCACUGGCUCAGGUGUAUGGGCUGUUCAUCUUUGAAAUCCUGGCGCUCCUCAUCAUCAUCAAGAUGAAUCCGUUUGAGGGCAACCGAAACACGGCAAUCGCCGUCUGGAUGCUCUCUAUAUCCAAGAUCAUCACGACGGGCCUGUCUAUUGCCUUUCUGCCGGACUUUAACAUCAACCGCAUUGUCGCCACGGUCCUGGGCGUCAUCAUCAUAGUUGUCCAGGGGUUUCUCGCGGUGGCUGUCUUGAUACUCAUUGGGCUCGGCAUGCUAUCAAGCUGGAUGUCUCUAUCGCGCAACCGAGAAAAGUUCCCCGGCCUGCUUGAGCAGUCCCGAGUCCGAUACUUUGAGCAUAUCGACGCGCGGGCCGGAGACCUGCCUCCGCCGCCGAAGACGAAGGAGAAGAAGAAGAAGAAGGGGGAGAAGGAAAAGCAGCCAGAGCCGUCCCAGCCUUACUUCAACGUUCGGGACGUGCGGCGGGCUCCCAAGAUUGAGGAUGAGUCUGCCACGGCGGAGGGGGUUCUCGAGCCACCCGGCCCUCCUGGGCUAUCCAGUGCCGCAGCUAGCAUCCGACGCAGCCGAGCGAAUAGUGCAAGCUCGCGCUGCUCGGUCGCCAGCGUCUCCCGCCCCGGUCGACCGCAUCGCACAUCUUGGAGCACCAAAGAUGUUGCGCAGUGGGACGCCGAGAUGAGCAGGGGAGACAGCGCCAGAACCUCGCGCGGAAGUUCCUUGCGACUGUCCGGGCUCGCCAACCGAGACUCUCAUGGCACCCAUACGCCGACAAGAAGACCUCCGAUGACGCCAAUGGAGGAAUCCUUUGAGGACCCCAUGCUAGACAUUCCACCAAACAUUGCCGAGUCGACAUCGAGGACUGGGUCGUCUCUUGGUGAGUCGGAGGAGGCCAGGAAGAAGGAAAACAUGACGGAGGAGAGGCCGCCAGUGACGCCUUUGACGGCAUCGAGCCACGAAGAGUCCAAGGGCGAGACGCUGGAAACGGAUACGGCCGACACUGAUCCGGAGACCAACGCUCAGAGGGACGAGCCGGACACAGGGGCGCCUCAGAAAACCGAGGAUGGGACGAAGGCCUCUACGACACAAUAAUCGGGCACUUCGCGUCUUUUGUGUGCUGGCGCCCGACGUGCUCGGAGACUGGCUAGCUACCGGGAUAAAGGGAGAGCAUGAAGCGGCAUUGAAGUCGCCUGGCUUUGAGAUCAGGCAGGCGUUGGGGAGUGAAUUUCAUACACAUCAUCAUAGGGUACCGUCUAUAUAGAUAGAGGCUAGGAUUCGGCUUUACUAGAACGUCGAGAAUGGUUUAAGGCAUCGCGGGUUUAAGCCUUAGUAAUAGAACUAUCCAUUAUAACAAAUAUAAUUACGUAAGUAUAGCU